CGACUCUGUAUAAGCCGCAAUUUCUCGGCGCUUCUUAAAUAUUUUUGCUUUGUUGGAUUUGUAUUUAAUGGUUUGUAAUGUCGCCGCCGCCCAAGAAGCCGAAAAUGGAAGAUAAUCGGUGCUCACAAAAACCGGUGUCAUUUGAGCAAUUCAAGAAGAUAAUAGAAAACCUGCCCGAUAUAUGCUUCAAUGUGCAACGCGACGGUGUCGCUGGUAAGGGCGGUAAAACUUUGGAUGAGUGCGCCCUUUGGUACUAUGAAUCCUUCUAUAAAGAUCCCGAAGUACGCAAGAAAUAUCCGUACAAACUGAGAGCCUGCCCCAUGAACAUUAGGACCAAGUUACUCUCAAUGCCGGAGCCGGGGCCAGUAGGUGAGCCUCAUCAAGCCGCCGAAGGUGUAUUGGUCAAAGUGGCAAGGAUGGGUACGUUCACCUUUCCCGUCACAUUUUUUGCCUUCAGGAGCUCUGUCAACACAGAGGAGGUGCUCCGUUUAACAGGCAUUGCAAAGGAGGAACGGAAGACAAUGCUGGGCAAUGAAAAGCAAUGUGAAGUCGUUUUAAAAAAAUUCUACCACUCGUUCUACAUGUUCCCCGAUCGGCAGUCUACCGCCUUUUUUAAGGACGACAUAUCCUUGCCGUUUAAACAGCAGCUCCUCAAGCAUGGCGAGCCCUAUGAUGAAUUGGCCAAGAAUUCUGUUGAGAAACAUGCCACAGGGAAUAAGAGAAAAUCCGUCGUCAGCUAUAAGGUGUUUGCGAAAUACUUGGAGAAUAUGCACGACAUAGUGUGGCAGCUUAAGAUGCACGAAAAGCGGUACAUACCCUUGGACUUUGAUAAAUGCACCUAUGCCUUGUAUCUUGAAUUCUAUCUCAAGCCGGAGAUCCGCGAAAGUUACACGUUCAAGUGGCGACCGUGUAACCUGACCACGCAUAAGCACCUGCUAAGCAUCCCCAAUAAGGAGUAUGCCCAGGAGCUGAGGAGAACUUUACCUGUGCAAAUGCCUGACUUUCCGAAAGAGGAAGAAUCUACCGACGUAGCAGACGCCGAUACACCUGUGCAGGCGAGAGAUGAGUCAAUAUCUGCAGUAGAUGUUCUAAGAAAGUCGCUCAAAAAGCCAAGUAGGAUGCCUGAGCCUGAAUUGAAGGUCAAAGACGAGGUGAUAGAGUUAAGUGACGACUCAGAAGCAGCAACACCACCCGUUCUACAACAGAUGAAGACCUUAGACCAAGCUGUGAAGGAGGUUUCAUCACCAAAAAAAGGCCAACCAUCAGCAGCAGAUGUUCUGAGAAAGUUAACCGAAGAAAAUAAUAAUAGCUUAGAAACACCAACAAGGAUGCACCAGGCAGAAUUGGAGGUCGAAGAUGAGGUCGUAGAUAUUGAUGUCCACUCACAAGCAGCAUAUACUAUGGAAAAAACACCCGUUCUACGAGGUGUGAAGAACGUUUCCCCACCAAAAAAAGGCCAACCAUCAGCAACAGAUGUUCUGAGGAAGUUAACCGAAAAAAAUAAUAAUAGCUUAGAAACACCAACAAGGAUGCACCAGGCAGAAUUGGAGGUCGAAGACGAGAUUAUAGUUGAUGAUAUGCAAAACACACCCAUCCUUCACACAGAUGUGGAAGUUAAUAUUGGAAGCCACGGUCGGUUCAUGUUUCCCGUGUCCUUUGAAACCUUCCGAGGGUGCAUCAACUAUGAUGAGAUUAUUCGACCAAUACUCAAGCUGAAAAUUAAGGAUAAAUCCCAGCUAGCGAACUUAAUUCUUCAUCCCCGGAAUCCAAUCUGCGAAAAGAUCUUCCGUCGCUAUUAUCGUUCCUUUUAUAUUUUCCCCGAUUAUCGGCUGAAGUUUGAAUAUCGAUUUUCCUGCCCAGAUAAGCGGGUCUUGAAAAAACUCACUGAAUAUGCCAAACCGCUCAAUGAGAGUGCCCAAAAGACCAUGAACCAGGACAAAACUAUGGAUCAAGAGGUGACAAAUGUGGCUCCUGCUGAACAAAGAAAGCACAACCCAGCCGAAGAGCCCGAGACUGCCACAGUUUCAGCUCAGAAAGACAAUCGGGAAGUUGAAAGCAUUAAGGACAAAGAAAUAAGCGAAAAAGCUAAAAAAUUGUCCAAGCUCCCUGUGCCCUUUAGCGUUUUCAAGCGCUAUCUAAGAAACAUUGACGAAAUUACUCAGCAAAUGAAGCUGUGCGACGAGUACAAGGAGAAAUCUGAUACGGAGUGCGCCGAAGAAUACUACAAGGAAUUUUAUACGUCGCCAGAAAUGCGUAACAAGUUUGAAUAUAAACUAAGGCCAUGUCCCGCCAAGAUGCGUGAUACGCUCCUUGCUUAUGCACAGCAACCAAAGCCGGAACAUUCUUCUUCGCAGGGGUCAGAUUGCGUUUGCUUGGAUGAUGUUCCGCAAACAUCAACUAAAGAAGAUACUCCCUCGGAGGAAUUAAAAAAUGAUCCGGUAAAGAAGAGCAAGGCAAAGGAAUCCCACGAAAAUCAUGUCUCAUUUACACUUUUUAAACGUUAUUUGAGCAAUCUCCCAGAAAUAGUCCAGCAAAUGCUCCUUUGCGAUGACCAAAGAGGGAAAUCAGAGAAAGAAUGUGCCCGGGAUUACUAUAACGCAUUUUAUACUUCGCAAGAAAUGCGGGAUAGGUAUCCAUACAAACUAAAGCCAUGUCCUGGCCAAAUGAAAAACAAGUUGCUCAGUUUUCCGAAAAAAGCCCAUCAAAUAGAGGAGGUUUCACCCGAAAAACAAUCUGAACCAUGUGCUUCCAUUUGUAGUAGUUCCGACAAAUUCGCAGAUAACAUUAUUGUAACUGAAACGAAUGAAGUGGAAGUGGAUUCAGGGGAAAUUCCAGUUGAAACACCCAAUAAUUUCCAACAAACAGAAGCGAUCCUCAAACAGAAAUCCAGAAAAACAUCGUCAAAUGCUCGCAGACAAAAGACCUUCCCAAAUGGCGCUUCCUUUGAAUUCCCCGUGUCCAUUGAUACCUUCAAGCGGCACAUCAACUGCGAUGAGAUUAUCAAAUCGUUGCGAGUGGCGUAUGGCCAAAAUGAGACUGACCAGAGAGACCGAGACAAAGAGUUAUUUCAUCAAUUCUAUUGCUCUUUUUACGUUCAAAAGGAGGUUCGCCAACGCCAUUCGUAUAAAUUUCAAAAUACAGAUGAAGAGCUACUUGAGAAAUUGGAAGAAUAUGCUGUGCCUCUGAACGAUAUGGCGAGGCAAACAAUCUCGUCCGUUGAAGCGCAGGGCAAAGAAAACGAGAAGUCAGGAAUGGCGCCACCUGCUCCGAAGGAUGAAACUCUGAUUACCAUCUCGGGCAUCGCGUACCGUUUUCCAGUGUCCUUUAAAACAUUUCAGAAGUACAUUAACUAUGAAGAUCUCAAGGUUGGUCUAGCCAAUGGUCUAGCUAAGAAGAAAAAGAGCCCAGAGCAAGUGGCGGAGAUUCUGGGGGACGAAGGCAGUUGCCUGCGCCUAUUACGGCGCUAUUAUCUCUCAUUUUACACCUUAGCGAAUAUUAGGAAUAAGCUGGAAUAUAACUUCAAUGCUGCGCCACUGGAACUUUCCGAUAAAUUACUCGAGUGGGCAAAGCCCAUUAACGAGACCACUGUGCCAACAGGGUCUGUGCCUCAGACCAAACAAGGAGUUCCUAGUGCUCAUUCUACUCCGAAUCUAGAUGCCAUCAGGGAAGCGGAACUAGUAAACAAGAUAAAAAACAAUAUUGUCACUUACAGGCCUCACGAUUUACGCAAAUAUAUAUCUUCCCGUGUCGCGUCACCAACGAAACAAGCUGCUCUGGAACGAGAUAUUGUUGGUUCUAUCCAAAUGGAAAUACCAGAAUUAGUUGAACAACAACCAACUAGCGACAAGAAUAUAGAAGCCAAGACAACUAGCGAGAAGAAUAUUGGAGGCAAGACAACCAGCGGGAAGAAUAUAGAAGCUAAGACAACUAGCGAGAAGAAUAUUGGAGCCAAGACAACCAGCGGGAAGAAUAUAGAAGGCAAAACAACUAGCGAGAAAGAAAAAGCAACUAGCGAGAAGAAUAUGGAAGCGAAGAAAUCUAGCGAGAAGAAUAUAGAAGGCAAGAAAACUAGCGAGAAGAAUAUUGGAGUCAAGGCAACUAGCGAGAAGAAUAUUGGAGUCAAGACAACUAGCGAGAAGAAUAUUGGAGCCAAGACUGCUAGCGAGAAGAACAUAAAAGAAAAGACAAUUAGCGAGAAAAAUAUAGAAGCCAAGACUACUAGCGAGAAGAAUAUCGAAGCCAAAACAACCAGCGGAAAGAAUAUAGAAGGCAAAACAACAAGCGAGAAGACCAUAAAAGAAAAAGCAACUACCGAGAAGAAUAUAGAAGCGAAGACAACUAGCGAGAAGAAUAUUGGAGCCAAGACUGCUAGCGAGAAGACCAUAAUAGAAAAAGCAAUUAGCGAGAAGAAUAUAGAAGCCAAUUCUACAAAGAAAUCAGAGAGUUCAUCAGAGAUUACGAGACCCGUCAGCAGCAACAACAAAAAAGUGACAAAGCAACCCGAAGAAAACCAGAAUAAAGAAAAUGCAAAAAGCCAGGAUGGAACAGGAACCAGCGAUUCUACAGCAGCAAAAACCCAAAGUAUGUUGGAGGAAGCAAAGAAACAAUUUUUUGCCGAAAGCAGUAAGGAUCACAAAAUGGCUUACUUGAUCUGCACGAGCCAAGGUCUGAAGAGGUCGAUUUGGCGGAUAUUGUACCAACUAACCUUGGAGGAAUUCAAGACCUACACAAGCAUUCACAACGGCGAGGACUUUUACAGGAAAGAUGAGGACCUACAUCCAUACUACGAGCAUGUGGUAGACAAGGGAAACUGGCCCUUAAAUCUGUACGUUAGGCUGCCCCUUCUGAGGCAGCUACUCCACAGCAAGGGCGUGCAUCUAGGCAGGCUGGACCUUGGCCAGCUGUCGCCAAAGAUGAUCCACUGGGUAGAGGCUGAGCACACCGAUUUCGAUAAGAUCGUUGAAAUGCAGUUCAAAGAACGAACGGGCGAGGAAAUCGAUAGUGUCGAGCAGUGGUUUCAGGAGCGUGAAGAUUUCUAUGAAGCCUGCUGGCUCCGCGAUCACUGGAUUUACAAAGUGCCUCAAAUAACGAACGAUGAUCUGCAGGACGAGAGUUAUGUUAGGGACCUUCCCUUGCCCGAUUUCAAUGGAAUUGUAAUAAAAUCCCUCGCUACUGCAAAAAGCGGAGAUGAAAGUAGCCAGACUGAGAUUUUAUCCAUAUCCUCAAGCCCUGACAUGGUGCCAGAUAGUCAGAGCUGUCCUCCUACUCAGCUCAGCAACAGCUCGAACCUUGUGGACAUUUCCAGCAUUGACAUACAGUCUCAAGUGUCGCAAACUUCACCCGCCUUAAAAUCACUCGCUACUGCAAAAAGCGGAGAUGGAAGUAGCCAAGCUGAGAUUUUAUCCAUGUCCUCAAGCACAGACAUGGUGCCAGAUAGUCAGAGCUGUCCUUCUACUCAGCUCAGCAACACCUCGAACUUUGUGGACAUUGGCAGCGUGGAUAUGCAAUCCCAAGUGCCCGACACUCCACUCGAUCCGUUGGCUUCGCAAACUGAGACGUUGGCUUCGCAAACUGAGACGUUGGCUUCGCAAACUGAGACGUUGGCUUCGCAAACUGAGACGUUGGCUUCGCAAACUGAGACGUUGGCUUCGCAAACUGAGACAUUGGCUUCUGUUAAGCAGGAACCUAUAAAUUUCCUCAACAACAUGCGUGGCAUCUGCGACACGAAUGGCUGCGAAUGGGAGAACAUUGGGUUGGAGGAGCAAAUCAUAAACCUAGAUUCCAGUCAAGAGGAAGGUUCUAGCUUGUCCUGUUUUGCCAUUCCAAAGCCUUCAGAAACGAUAUCGUCAUUCCAGUCGUUGGACUCUCUACUCACGGCCACGAUGUUUGAGGACGAAAACUCUAUUGAGGAAGAGGAAUCUCAGCCAAAGACAAGCAAUAACAUUCAGAACUUGCCAGAGCAGCCUGUAGAGCCAGCUGUAAAGCCUGAACCUAGUUCAACAGUCGCUGAGACCAAUGUGAUUCAGCCGCAGGUGCAACCCGCAGAUAACCGCAAAAAGAAGCUGCCGGCCAGCAAUGAGGUGCCCAGUAAGCGAGUCCGCUUGAUGAACGACAAGGUGCCGCAGCUGAGACACGAGUUUCGGCCGUUGCCCCUGAAUGCCUGCGUUCGUAUUGAGACCGAAAUCGUGGGGACAAAUGAAACAACUCCUACGGAACAACCUCAUAUUAACCCAACCCCGCAGCCAGAGGUAGUACCCAACACGAUUACUCCAUCGCAGGAAUUUGCCCAGGACAACACACUAUUGGCGUCUUCACAGCUGGCGCCCCUCCUAGAUACGGUACCGCCUGGCGUUACCGUUCGAAAGGUAAACCAAAAAGACCAAGUUGGUAAGAAUUUAAGCAAGGUUCAGAAGCCUACACUCCGGCAGACAGCUAUAUUCCGUAAGCUGGAGCGUUUUUAUUUUUUCGCCUCCUUGACGGUCCAACAAAUAAUCCAGUACAGAAUCGAGGGGCACCUUCAAGGGGCGACUUAUCAGAGUGCCAUGCUCAAGAUCGACGGGAAGUGCUCCCUAGUGCGGGGUCCCCUUCUAAAAAUACUCUUUCCCCACCUUUCACCCCAGCUGCGUUCCGAUUUGCAGCAAGUGCUGGCCGACAUGCCGGAGUUCGUCUACAGCUGUCGCUGGCGCCGGGUGCAGAAGGAUCCCACCGAAGAUCUCCGAAAAAGGGUCCUAUUCACGUUCAUGGACAUGGCUCCAGAGUUUGGGCAAUUUCGCUUACUGUUUGAUACGGAUUCGAGAGAGUGGGCAACCUGCAGCGAAAUCGGCAGGUGGCAUGCCGCGGAGAGGGCUGAGACGCGUCCAACUGACUUUGAGAAGGUCAUCAGCCCAGGCAUCCUAGAGAAAAUGAGGGAAUAUAAAGCUCUAAUGUCUUAAACUUAUUUAGAAAUGGAAAAAAAAAUA